CGUAUCGCUUUCGACGCCAGCGACUUAGCCUGUCGCCUGGCGGCGUAGACGCCCGCAAGCCUUUGCCUAAGUGCCCUCUCGACCACGGGCGCCGCGCUACGCAGAUAACAAUCAUGUCACAAACCGACGGCGGCAAGACGACGCUGUGCUAUAUGCACGGCUCGCUGAGCCUUGACGAGGAUCAGAUCUUCGAGGGCGAGUGGUCGUACGACGACCCGGCGGAGUGCGACGACGAGCCCGAGGAAUCUUGGCUCUUCGAAUACAAAGUGGUCGAUCAAACGUGCAGUCCAGACGGCAGGACGGAGACAAUCACGUUCAGAGGAACUUUCCUACACAAAGACGGCGUCGCCAAGGACGAAUUCGUGCUCCACUGUGACACUAUAGAUAGCCCGUCUACGUACACGGGCCGCGGCGAAUCGGACUUUGGCGAGUACACGAUCGUGGGCGAGUGUAUCAAUGGAGAACUCGACAGCGCGGAGUUUACCUUCCGGAAGCUUGUGUAGUCGUCGUCGUCGUCGUGUUUAAGAUAG